AUGAGUCAAUGCGACGACUACCUCCCUAUCUACUCUCCAGCCUUGGAAUCUCUGGUGGGCACAGGUCAUAUUGAACAGUUUGAUGGCAGCUUUGCUACGCCAAAUCGUUACAAGGGGCCAGCAAGCCCUGCGAUUGAUGAGGCUUGGGAUGAUAUUACUUUUGCUGACGGCGGCGUCAUCAAUGUUGAUGAACACACAUUCCAGCAUGUCAACGCAUCAGAAUACUCGGUCCAGCUAACUGAAGAAAUCGGUGGCGGGUACAUGGGUUCUGUUGAAGUCCUCCAUCAGCUUCAUUGCCUGAACAUGCUUCGCCAAGCUAGCUAUGAGGACUAUUACCGGGACAAGCCAGGCCCUUGGGAGGAUAGUCCAGAGAUUUUGAGAUUCCAUCUCGGUGAGUGA